CCUGCUCAGCCGCAUCAUAUUUGAUACUGUAUAACCCUGCGUGACUUCGAUUCCCCGUUCGCGGAGCGAUGCAAGCCCAUGCUCCUGAACCCGAACUUUGCCAAUAAUUGCCUAAUACAACCCUAGCGCGCGGACUUCAACCACAGCACGGUGUACAGCUUGCAUGUCGGAUGACUCGACUAUCACUCAAACUCCUAUCGGCAGCGAUGAGACAGGGGGCAACAGAGCUGUUUUCCAGUGGCUUACGAUGCAAGGCUGUGUGUUCAUGUUUCAUGCGCGCACAGCUGCAGCGUGCAGUGUAUAACCAUGUCUGUCCGAACUGUGCGCGUCGUCUCGUAAUGUAUAUCUCUGGGAGGUCCUCCUUCUCAAUAUGAACGAUAAGACUUCAGUGGAACAGCUCAACUUCUGUCCAUCUAGCCUCUCAGCAAGUUCUAUACGAACGCCAUGUCUUGCCUUCCUUUGUUCUCUUUUAGGCCAGCCAGCUCUGCCGUAUCCAACCCCUAUCACGACUCAUCGGUAUCCAGACGUGGCGAACAAGGACUGGAGAGCCCAGAUACCACUCCGAAGAUGACUGAUGGGGAUGAGUACCUGUACGACAAGUUAUCACAAGUUUCUGUCUCUCACAGGCGCAUUGACUCUUUCGAAUGGGUGAUGACACAGUCCGCGCCAAACACCCCUCAAACGUUAUUCGACUUGAGCAGCGAGCCAUUUCCCGCUCCAACGCCUAGAAUGGUCAGCUCCGCACCACUGCCAGUCCCUAGUGAGAUGUGGUCCACGAGCUCACGACCUGAUGUGACCAAGGAGAAGAGGGGUUACUUUGAUUGGUGGUCAUCACCUACCUUAGGGUCUGGCGAAGGAUAUACCAGAAUAUCAACAGUUGAAGCGGAGGACAAAGUGGAAGACGAAGUGAAAGACGGAGCAGAUACAUCGAGCGGCACGUCGAUUGCAGGACCAACAGAAACGCUGAACUGGGGUUCAUGGGCGGAAGACCUGGCAUCUCCAAGCGAAGAGAGUGGCCCAAUUCGACCUUCACAGGAGCUCAAUGCACUUGGAAUACUGUUUCCGUGCACCCCUACACACAAUUCCGCGAGUUUAGAGCUCUACGAUACACAUGUCUCUUCCAUACCUCCCCGGGAGCUUCCUCGAAAGACUGUACCCCGGACACCAAAGCGUGUAUCUUUUUCUCCAGUCGUCGAUGAAGUUGCACUAGAGACUUUUCCGAACCUCGACUCUGCGGAGCAGCCGUCGUCAUAUUGGGGUGGUUACUUGCCGUCAUCGUUUCUCGUGGCGCGACCUCCACUAGCACGAAUAACCUCUAAUCCUGUGCCCAAAAGGAGGGCGGCGACUCGGCCUAUCUUGAAGCACUCAAGCUUUUCGAACCAUGGGGCAGGUCAAGACGUUACUCCGAGCACUGAGAUGACACAGCUGCCGCACAGCAUGAAUGGGACAGAUACGGCGACUUCAGCCUCACCGAUACCAACCCAACGACUGUCGGCGGCGACAUUACGAACCAAUGGAUCCAGACAUGUGGGAGGGGAUCCAGGUGAGAUUGACAGUACUUUCGUAAAGAUACUUCAAGUCACACAAAAGCCUGCGCGCCGAGGAUGCGACUCGCUACUUUCCGAUACAUUAAGUAUGAUUGGCGAUGACUGUUAAUCUCAGAAAGGCUCAGAUGGCUUUUACUCUUGUAGUCUUUUGUACAACCAAUGUAUGUAUAAAUAUAUAUUUCUUCAUACUACCUUAUAUUCGUA